AUGGUGAUUCUCCAAGGGAGCUUUCAGGCUCACGUGACACGGGCCCUCCUGCGGCCCGGGUACGUCAUCGUGUCCAAGGUGAAACUGCACAGGGGCUUCCACGCCAGCCAGCAGGAUGAUGCCCACGAAUUCCACCUCUUCACGCUGGACGCCCUGCAGCGGGCCUGUCCGCCGGGCAGGCCCUCCCAGGAGGACGCCACCCUGAUCCACAGGGUCUUUGGAGGCCACUGGAGAUCUCAAAUCCAGUGUCUCUGCUGUCACGGCGUGUCAGACACCCUGUACCUUUACCUGGACAUCGGCCUGGACAUCCAGGGGGCGCAGAGUGUGACCCAGGCCCUGGACCUGCUGAGGAGGCCCCAGCGGCUGGCCAGGACCGAUGGCUACCAGUGUGUGCUCACGCUGGUGCUGAAGCGCUUCUCUGCACUGGCAGACAGCAAGGUGGAGACAGAGGUGCGCUACCCUGAGCGCCUGGACCAGAGACCCUACCUGUCCCUGUGGUGGCUGGGUGCGGGCUGCUGCUGUAAAGCCUCUACACCCUGCUGGUACACGCGGGCCGCACCUGCCACAGGGGUCACUACAUCUGCUAAGUCUGAGCGGCGGGCAGACCAUGGCACAUGA